AAGUUAGAAAAGCUUCCGUAUUCUCCCCUUUAUAUAUGAACGAUAUUUGUGCCACUCUUAAUCAUUAUCCAACUCAAUUCAAUUCAAUUAUUUCUCAAAUUUGUGCCACUCAUAUUAUUAGAACCUCAAACAUUGUUAUUAUCAUGUCAAAAUCACCAACAUCAUCAUCAUCUCCACCCUCUGCCACAGCCAUAAUCAAUCAUCAGUACUGUGUUCCCCAUGAAGUUGAUCUUAUAAUCACGAAGCAGGUAACUUUUGGCGGCGAUGAUAACUUCACCGUCACAGACAUCAACAAGAACGUUGUUUUUACCGUUAUGGGUCCUCUUGCUACCUUCGUCAUGCCGCGAAAGGAACGUUUCUUGCGCGACGCUCGUGGCAACACCGUCCUCCGUCUUCGCAAGGCGAUAGGUGACGAUAUUUGGAAAGCAUAUAGAGGUGAAAGUACGGAACAAAGGGAUUUGAUUUUCAGUCGGAGACAACCGCCACCCUUCCAGCUAAAAGCCAACAUGGGCGUUUUCUUAGCAAAUAACACCACACAAGUUUGUGACUUCAAGAUUCUCAAACAAAAUUCCUUCGGUCAAUCUUGGCUUGUUUGCAUCGGCGAAUCAGACAACGUCGUUGCCCAGAUAACACAUGAAGUGUUCACUUGGUUUAGCAGAAAGAAAUUCAUGGUAAAAGUGUAUCCGAACAUUGAUUAUGCAUUCAUAGUGGCGCUAACUGUGACUCUUGAAUACCACCUCAGCCAUAGUGACUUGGCAAAGUUCUCAAGCUAAGGAAAACCGCCGCUGUUUGUUCCACUCAAUAAUUAGUGUGAAUUCGGUAUGGUGUACUCUGUUUCUUCAUUAUUGGAUGACAGAUAUAUGUGGUUGUAAUUUGCCUCCUUUUUUAAUUUUAUUUUCUCAUCUUGUAUAUAGCUAGCUAGUGGAUACUCACUGAAUUCCUCUCAUUCUCUUUCUACUUUUCAAUAUAUAUUUUAAUUUUUUACAAAUAA